AUACUGCUUAAUGGAAUAAAAUAUUUUUCUUCAGAUUAUGACCUCCCAGUAUUUGAAAAGUUUGUCAAAGGUGGAACUUAUCCUCGGUAUCAUAUUUCAUACCAACAUCAAGAAUACAAUGAUGGUCGUAAAACUUUUCCAAGAGUUAGAAGGACCCAAGGAAACUGCUUACGCACUCCAGUAAGUUUCAGUCCAACUGAUUAUUCAUUGAGCACAAGCAGUGGGAGCAGCAUUUUCACUCCAGAAUAUGAAGAUGGACGAAUGCGGAGAAGAGGAAGUGAUAUAGAAAAUCCUACCUUGACAGUAAUGGACAUCAGUCCUCCCAGCCGCUCCCCACGUGCUCCAACUAAUUGGGUACUUGGUAAACCACUUGGCCAAGGUGCAUUUGGUAGAGUUUAUCUAUGCUAUGAUGCAGACACAGGACGAGAACUAGCUGUAAAACAAGUUGAGUUUGAUCCUGACAGCCCAGAGACGAGUAAGGAAGUAAAUGCCCUUGAAUGUGAGAUUCAGCUUCUGAAAAAUCUGCUACAUGAAAGAAUUGUUCAGUAUUACGGUUGCUUAAGGGACCAUCCGGAAGGAACACUUUCUAUAUUCAUGGAAUAUAUGCCAGGGGGCUCAAUUAAAGAUCAGUUGAAGGCAUAUGGUGCUCUCACAGAGAAUGUGACUCGGAAGUAUACUCGCCAGAUCCUGGAAGGAGUUCACUAUUUGCACAGUAACAUGAUUGUACAUAGAGAUAUUAAAGGUACUGAUGGGGGUAUUGUUAUAACUUUGCUUG